AUGUGGUGCUUCUAUUCAACAACAUCAAAGAAUGAGGUCAUAGCCUUAUUACUUUGUUUUUUGAUAAUUAUUUUGAAUAUUAGCAAUAAUAAUGUGGCGUGCACAGGAACCUACAAAUCCAUGGUAAUUGGAGGAAUGUCUAGUGCUUUGAACAAUGUACCAAUCUCAAGUAAUCAAGUUUCUCCUGGAUAUAUUUAUUUAGAUGCUACGGCCGGAGUAUUGUACACGACCGAGUCAGCAACAAUUAGAAAGAUUACUCUUUCAUCAGGUAUUAUUUCAACUGUUGUUGGAAGUGGUACAUAUGGAUCAACAUACACAACUGAUCCCACAACGACUCAAAUGAGUACACCAAAAAGCUUAAUAAGAUGGAAAACAGACUUAAUUUGGAUUGAUGGAACAGUUAGAAUUAGAAAAUUAGAUUCAUCCACUGGUCAAGUUUCGGUAAUUUUUGGUGCUGGAAUUGGAAACUCUGACAAUACUGUUUCAAAUCCUCUCUUGGUUCAAACCGGUUCUUCUUCCUCAAUAACUGUAGAUCCUUCAGAUAACAUUUAUUAUGCAGAUUAUAACAAUCGGCUGAUUAGAAAAAUUGAUGGAACAACCAAUGCAGCUAGUGUUUACAAAACUGGUUUAAUAGGUUUUGCAAUGCAAAUCAAAUAUUGUAAUGGAGGUCUUUAUGUUUAUGUAUCUGCCAGUAAAAACUAUAUUCAAAAAUUGACUGAAAGUGGAGGAACUAUUAAUGUCACAACAGUUGUUGGAAAUGGUGCUUCAAAAAGUACAGGUAUUUCUGGAACCUCGUAUCUAAUGGAUACAACUAACUAUCCUACCAAGAUGGACUGCUACAAUAAUGAGCUUUAUUGGAAUGCAUAUGAUUAUAGCAUUAGAAAACUAACAACCGAUGGAAUUGUGCAACAAGUUUUGGGUAAUGGAUAUAGAGGUGAGUCAGCAGAUGGAACUAUUACACCAUCUUCAAUAAUUGGUUUCAUUGAAUACUUAACUAUUGAUCCAACAAAUGGUGAUCUUUACUUUGCUGAAAAUUCUUACAACAUUAGAAAACUUGUUGGAACUACUUUGUCUUCUUUUUUGCACUACAGAAACGUGUUGAAUGAAGGAAAUGCCAAAACUCUUAAAUUGGCUCCAAGUGCAAUUGCUUUAUACAGCGAUGGAUUUUAUAUGGCUGACUCAACCAGUAUUAAGUUUUACAAUUUAACAAGUUCAACAAUUAAGCAUUACGCAGGAUUUUUUUAUCUUCCUUAUAAUAACAAAGCCCCAAGUGGAUCUGACAAUAUUGGAGGUUCAUAUGUGACUGCUAGAUAUUCUAACAUUAUAUCUAUGACAUGCACUCCAACUGGAGAUAUCUAUUUGAUCGAUUCUUAUUCUACUGGAAUAUAUAUCAAAUUACUUUCUAAAAGCACUGGUUUAGUAACGGUUGUAGCUGGUGUAUCAGCUGGACCAGUAUGUGCUAAUGGAAACACUCCAACUGCUUGUACUAUUAUUUCUGUCAAAUAUGUAAAAUAUUACAAUGGUGAGGUCUAUUUUGCAUUAGACAGUUACAUUUACAAAAUCAACUCUUUAACUGGCAAGAUUGAAGUUGUUUUGGGAGGGGGUGCUUCCACUUCUGAUGGUGCAUCUUCAUCAGCAAAUAUUGCAUCACUAUUUUUCACAGCUUCAACAGUUACAACAAUUUGUACUACCUCUUCUGUAUCAAUCAAAGACUUUUUUGUAAACGACAACGGUAAUGUAUACUACACUGACAGUGGUGCGCUUAAACUUUUCACACCCUCUGCUGCCAAUGCUAACACGGGCACAAUAUCGUCAUAUGCUGGCAAUAGUGCUGGCACAUUUAAUGAUGGAGAAACUCUGGCCAAUACCAAGUUCAAUACACUUGUAGGCUUAGCUUUUGCCAGCGAUAGCAAUUUGAUGGUAAUUGCAGAAAUCGAUGAACUCAGAAAAAUUUACCUUGCAUGUGAUGUGAAUUAUGCUGGAGGUUAUUGUAAUCUCUGUUCAACUGGUUAUUUCAAUUCAAAUUGUUCUUCUUGGACAUGUAAUGGAUAUUCAAACUCUAUUACCACUGGUUGUUCUAAUCAAGGCACUUGUACAGCAUAUAAUUCCUGUAGCUGCUCAUCAAAUUAUUAUGGUGCCAAUUGCUCAGUCACAACAUGUAAUGGAAUCUUUUCUAAUUCAAGUCAGGUUUGUUCAGGAUAUGGUACAUGUUCAACAUUUAAUUCAUGUUCAUGUUUUUCAAAUUAUUAUGGAUCUAAUUGUGAAGAUUUUGAUUGUUACUUUGUAGCAAAAACCAAUUCCAGUGUUUGUUCAGGGCAUGGUAUUUGUAUGGAUUAUAAUUCGUGUUCAUGUUCUUCAAAUUAUUAUGGAUCUAAUUGUUCAAUUACAACAUGUUAUGGGACUUUACAAAACGACUCAUCUAUUUGCAAUUCCCAUGGUUCAUGUGUUGGAUUGGAUUCAUGUCAAUGUAACUCAGACUAUGGAGGUCCACAAUGUCAAUACCCAUAUUGCUUUGGAAAAUUGUCAAACGAAACAUCAGUUUGUUCUGGACAUGGAACAUGUUCUGGUGUUGAUACAUGUUCCUGUUCUCCUAAUUUCGAAGGAAACCAAUGUCAACUACUCAAAUGUAAUGGCAUUUCAAAGGAUGACCCAUCAGUAUGUUCAUCUAAUGGCACUUGUGUGGGUGGUAUUUGUCAAUGCAACACUAUGUACGGAGGAGAUUGGUGUGCUCUCCCAAAAUGUUUCAAUAUUCUUUCAAACUCAUCACUGGUUUGUUCCUCACAUGGUCAAUGUAACUCUCCAAAUAAUUGUACGUGCAAUCAAAAUUGGGCAGGUGUAGAUUGUUCAUCACCAAUUUGUUUUGGAAAAGGUCUAAAUGGUGCUUGUUUAAACCGUGGUAAUUGCUCUCAAGUGGAUCAAUGUGCAUGUAAUGUCGGAUAUUUUGGAAUGGAAUGUGAAUUCCACACAUGUUCAGGAGUUGAAUAUAAUUCAUCACAGGUCUGUAGUGGACAUGGUGAUUGUCUUUCAUUAAAUAAGUGUAAUUGUACAGCUGGAUACUUUGGAGCAGACUGUUCAUUGAAUGCGGCUGUUACAGUCCAAACUUUUGAAUGCUUUGGCAUUUCAAGUCUUGAAGAUACAGUUGUUUGUUCUGGAAAAGGUGAAUGUAUAGGAAAUGAUUUAUGUAAAUGCUUAAUUGGAUUUUUUGGAUCUAAAUGUAAUAUAACAAGUUGUAAUGGAAAGAGACAAGAUGAUCCAACUGUUUGCAGUGGAAAGGGCAAAUGUUUUGAAGAUGGUCAUUGUCAAUGCUCUUAUGGAUAUGGAGAUAAAGAUUGUCAGGUUAAAACUUGUUUUGGUAAAACUUCACUCGAUCCAAGUGUUUGUUCAGGAAGAGGUGUUUGUACUGAUAUUGACACCUGUCAAUGUUUUUCAUCAAACGGUGUCAGUAUAAAGAUUACUGGUGAUGAAUGUGAAAACUUACUUUGCAAAGGAGUAUACAAUAAUGUUGAAGAUUUUUAUUCAAGCAAUGAUUAUAGAGUUUGCUCAAAGCAUGGUAACUGCUCAACAAGAGGAUGUUCCUGUGUUGCGGGAUAUUACGGAGAUAAGUGUGAAAUGUUUAAUUGCAACUCUAUUGCCAAGAAUAACUCAAAUGUUUGCUCAGGACAUGGUAACUGUGUUGGAAUUAACACUUGCUCAUGUUUUAGAGAUAGUGCUAAUGGUUUCUAUUCUGGAUCUGAUUGUAACAUUUGUCAUCCUGCAUAUGCUGGUCCAAAUUGUAAUGUUAAAACAUGUACUGGUUCAACUUGCUUGAAUGGUGGCUCUUGUGGAACUGAUAAUAGCUGUGAUUGUAUUGGAAACUUUACUGGAUUGAUUUGUGAAACUUGUAAAUCCAAUAGUUAUGGAUCACAAUGUAAUGUCUAUUGUAAUAGUCAAUCAACUUGUAAUGGACAUGGUCAAUGUGGAUCCAAUGGACAAUGUAUUUGUUUUUCAGAUUCCAAGAAUGGUUAUUGGAAUGGUAGCUCAUGCAACUCGUGUCAGACUGGUUACUUUGGAAGCGAUUGUUUUACUUAUUUUGAAUCAUUCAACUCAACCUAUGUCAAUGAAAUUUAUUCUCAGGUUACGGAUUACUUUGAUGGUGUGAUAUUUAAGCUAUUUGCUCCACCUUCCUAUUUACCAAACUCUGUUCCAUGUUCAAAACUUAUUUACAUAGAUGAUCAACCAUUAUUCGGCACAGAACUUAAAUGUUUCUGGAUUAAUAAGGCAAACGGUGAUUUCAAGAUUCAGUUCGAUUAUGAUUUUACUCUAAACUCUUCGUCAGUCAUAGGAAACCAGUUUAGAGUGAACAGAAAUCUAUUUACUACACUUACAAGAAGAUUGAACAAACUUGGAGCUUUUUCUACAAGAACCAUCAUAGAUGACACUAUUAUUUAUUUAAUGCCUCCAAAUACUGUCAAAAGUCCAGUUGCUGAUGUGAAGUCAUCAAAAAGAAUUUACAGUGAAACAGAAGAUAUAAUAUUUAGUGGAUCAUACUCUUUCUCUGGAGAUAGGAAAGAACUGGAGUAUACUUGGAAGAUUGAGGGAAACUCUAUCAAUUCAACUAUUGAAAAUUUCUUAAAAUCCAACAAGCAAGCAACCAUUAAGAUUGAUAAGGGAUUACUAAAACUGGGAGUUUACAAGUUGACACUAGUUGUGAGAAGUACAGUAACAAAUGAAUUCAGUUCGAUUAAUAUUUUCACAUUCCAAAUUAUUGAAUAUCAAGUUCCUUCAGUGGUAAUUUCAGGUAGUAAGAUUAUUAGACAAAAGUCAACUGAAAAGUCGGUUCAUAUCAAAAAGACAACUACAAUUCCAGACCAUUUGAAGAAUGAAACAAUUAAUAUUGAAUGGGAACAAAUUGAGGGUCCAUCCCUUUCAUUCAAGAGGGACGCUUACAAUAAUUUGAUUAUUGACAGUUUCAUUAAGGGAAAGUGGAAAUUCGUUUUCCAAAUUUCAAUUACAGCUGCACAAAAUUCAAGUUUAUCAUCGAGCGAUUAUGUGAUAAUUUACACAGAACAACCUGACCUUUCACUUUAUCUUUCAUUGAAGAGAGUGAGUAAUUAUUCAUCAACAAUUCAAGUCAAUUAUCAAGAUCCAGAAAACAACACAGACGAAUCUGAAUUAUGGCAAUGGUCGUGUGUCAAUUCUGAAACUGGUGGUUAUUGUGGAGAUGGUGUUGUUGACAAAAUGUCUUUCCAUUCCAAGAAUCAUUUAACUCUCUUCAAUGUUGACAAAUCUGACUUUUCCGUUUCAACUUUACAGAAACCAACUUUUACUCUAAGCAUUACAAAAGGAGAAAGAAAGGUUUCAUGUUCUAUUACUUUGAAUUUUGUUCAUUUUCCUCCGAUUCUCAAUAUUAUUGACAUUUCUCCAGACUUUAAAUCUGUUGUCAAAAGUGAUGAGAAGUUUUCCAUUGAAGUCUCUCACUCAAAACAGGAUUUAUCAGAUUCAUCACUUUCUAUUAAAACUGAAUGGAAGAUUGACAACUCCAUUGUUUCUGAGAGUAAAACUAUAAGAAUAGAAUCAAGAGAUUCUUUUUUGACAACCACAAUGUUAUCAACUUCAAGUUAUGUUCAAGUUGUGAGUAAGAAUACACAAAGUGCUAUUAUUAUUGAUGCUAGGGAAUUUGAUGAAGGAACUGAAAAUAGUAUUGCAUUGAAAGUUUCGUAUGUUCAAACAAAUGAAUCUAAUAUUGUUAAUGGUAUUGAAAUUGCUUCUACCGAAAUUUCAACAACAAUUACAAAAGGAACUCAACCACAAAAAUGUCCAUGUAGUAUUACACCUUCUAAUGGCGUUUCCAUGGAAACAGAAUUCAAAGUUUUAUGUGUAAAUUGUCAAAAUGAACGAAAUACUAUCCAAAUCACCCAAGGAUAUGUAGAUAGUGACACUGGAAUCAAAAUUCAAGUACCAGUCUCAAAGGAGGAUACUGUUAAAAUCCCUGCUGUGGUAUCCUCUUGUUCAAAUACUCCACAAUCUGCACCUGUUAAAUGGUUCGUUGAAUUGACUGAUACCCAAUCUGGAGAAUCAAGAAUCAUGUUCACAAAUAUUACAGUGACAACAGUUGUGGUAAACACAGUCGAAGAGAUUUGGCAACGGGUGUCCAAUCAAACAACCGAAAUCAUUUUAGCCAUCAUUCAAGAUGGUAAUCCAAUUGAAAGUAUUUCACAAACUGUUAAUACAAUCGUUUCAACAAGUCAAUUGUUGCAAAGUUUACCACAAGUUCAACAUCAAGAUUCUGAAACAAUUACUAAAAUUCAAACUCAACUUCUUAGUACACUUACAAGUGCUGUGGAAACUACAAGAGUGGAAACCUCAAUUGAGUCAACUUUAUCAAUGGUUGUUUAUGCUGUUUAUUCUGUGAUUAAGUGCGAUGAAAUUAUUGUUCCAGUAGUUAUUGAUAAGUCAAUUUCUAUUUUGAAUGAAGUAAUUGACCAAGCACUUAAGAGUAAUCUUCAAAUUUCAACUGAAACAAGUCAAACUGUCUUGUCAAUUGUUGAGAAUUUGCAAAAGACUGUUGAAAAUAUUACAUCAACUCUUGAACAACUCAUUAUUUACGAUCAAUUGGUUAAUGUGACUGAACAACUUGCUUAUUCAGUUGUUAAGGAACAAACUGUGAGUGCUGAUCCGGUUGUUUUACAAACUUCUUCUUUAUCUGUCCAAGUGGACAAGAUUUAUUUCACCGAUCUCUCAGACUUUGUCAUUUCAUCCAUUCCAACAGAAAUGGAAGAUGAUCCAACUGUUUGCAGUGGAAAGGGCAAAUGUUUUGAAGAUGGUCAUUGUCAAUGCUCUUAUGGAUAUGGAGAUAAAGAUUGUCAGGUUAAAACUUGUUUUGGUAAAACUUCACUCGAUCCAAGUGUUUGUUCAGGAAGAGGUGUUUGUACUGAUAUUGACACGUGUAUAUGCCAGUUGAGAUAUGGAGGUAAAGAUUGUCAAGAUUAUCAAGACACAACUUGUUAUGGCAUUUCUUCUAUGGAUGCAAAAGUUUGUUCAGGAAGAGGUACUUGUUUAGAUAUUGAUAAGUGUUCCUGCUUGUCAAUUUAUGGAGUCAAGAUUACAGGUGAUUCUUGUGAAAACUUACUUUGUAUAGGUAUUUAUAAUGGCGUUGAAGAUUAUUACUCAAGUACUGAUUUUAGAGUUUGUUCAAAUCAUGGUAAAUGUUUUAUCAAUUCUACAAGUGGUGUUGGAAAAUGCGCAUGUGAUUCAGGAUACUAUGGUGAAAAGUGUGAUCAAUUUGAUUGUAAUUCUAUUUCAAAGAGUAGCUCCAAUGUUUGUUCAGGACAUGGUCAAUGUGUAGAUGUCAAUACUUGUUCAUGUGUUAAUGAUCACAUAAAUGGCCAUUAUUAUGGAUCUGAUUGUAAUACAUGUCAUCCUGCCUACACUGGUACAACAUGUACUGAGAGAUAUUGUACCGACUCAACUUGUUUGAAUGGUGGAUCUUGUGGAAGCAACAAUACUUGUGUUUGUACAGGCAAUUUUGAUGGAUUUAUUUGUGAAAAGUGUAAGACUAAUUACUAUGGGUCAAAUUGUGAUAUGUAUUGUAAUGAUCAAACAACUUGUAAUGGUAAUGGUAAUUGUGACGCUACUGGAAAAUGCUCUUGCUAUCAAGAUAGAGAUAAUGGCCACUGGAAUGGAACUUCUUGUAAUGAUUGUAUGAAUGGCUACUUUGGAGGUGACUGUGCAACAUACUUUGGAUCAUUCAAUUCAAGCUAUGUCAAUGAAAUUUAUGCUCAAAUUAAUGAACUAUUUGAUGGAGUUACCCUCAAAUUAUUUGCUCCACCUUCAUACAGUGCAAAUACAGUUCCAUGCUCCAAGUUGAUUCACGGUGAUGACUUGGCAUUGCUUGGUACUGAGCCAAAAUGUUUCUGGACUGAUAAGGCAAAUGGUAAUUUCAAGAUUCAAUUCGAUUAUGAUUUUAGUUUAACAGCAUCAACCAGCGAAGCAUGGAAAGUUACAUUGGGUUUGGGUUUGGGUUUGGGUUUGGGUUUGGGUUUGGGUUUGGGUUUGGGUUUGGGUUUGGGUUUGGGUUUGGGUUUGGGUUUGGGUUUGGGUUUGGGUUUGGGUUUGGGUUUGGGUUUGGGUUUGGGUUUGGGUUUGGGUUUGGGUUUGGGUUUGGGUUUGGGUUUGGGUUUGGGUUUGUGUUUGGGUUUGGGUUUGGGUUUGGGUUUGGGUUUGGGUUUGGGUUUGGGUUUGGGUUUGGGUUUUGGUUUGGGUUUGGGUUUGGGUUUGGGUUUGGGUUUGGGUUUGGGUUUGGGUUUGGGUUUGGGUUUGGGUUUGGGUUUGGGUUUGGGUUUGUGUUUGGGUUUGGGUUUGGGUUUGGGUUUGGGUUUGGGUUUGGGUUUGGGUUUGGGUUUGGGUUUGGGUUUGGGUUUGGGUUUGGGUUUGGGUUUGGGUUUGGGUUUGGGUUUGGGUUUGGGUGGUUGGGUUUGG